AUGGGAACUUCAGCAGGGCCGAGGCAUUGGCCUCAACUCAUCUAUACGUUGGCAUUUUGCCUAAUUGCUGUCAGUGUUGUCGCUGGUCAUGAUAAUCCUUACUAUGCCUCUCCACCAUUUAAUGAAGAACUCCCACCCUGCCAUCACCUUCCACCUCCACCACCGUUCCCAUCACCACCCCCUCCAUAUAUCUAUAAGUUUCCCCCACCUACAUCACCUUCACCACCACCUCCAUGUGUCUACAAGUCUCUCCCACCACCAUCUCCAUCACCUCCCCCUCCUUAUAUCUAUAAGUUUCCUCCACUCACAUCACCUUCAACACCACCUCCUAGUGUCUACAAGUCUCCCCCACCACCAUCUCCAUCACCACCCCCUUCUAAUGUUUACAAGUCUCCUUCACCUCCAUCCCCCUCACCACAACCUCCUUAUGUCUAUAAAUCUCCUCCGCCUCCAUCUCUCUCACCGCCCCCUCCGUAUUACAACAAAUCUUCUCCCCCACCAUCUCCAUUACCUCUCCCCCCUUAUGUCUACAAGUCUCCUCCAUCACAAUUCCCAUCACCACCCUCUCCUUAUACUUAUAAGUCUCCUCCACUACCAUCUCCAUCACCACCCCCUCCUUAUAUUUACAAGUCUCCUCCAUCACCAUCCCCAUCACCACCCCCUCCUUAUAUCUACAAGUCUCCUCCAUCACCAUCCUCAUCACCACCCCCUCCUUAUACUAACAAGUCUCCUCCACCACCAUCCCCAUCACCACCCCCUCCUUAUAUCUACAAGUCUCCUCCAUCACCAUCCCCAUCACCACCCCCUCCUUAUAUCUACAAGACUCCUCCAUCACCAUCCUCAUCACCACCCCCUCCUUAUACUAACAAGUCUCCUCCACCACCAUCCCCAUCACCACCCCCUCCUUAUAUCUACAAGUCUCCUCCAUCACCAUCCUCAUCACCACCCCCUCCUUAUACUAACAAGUCUCCUCCACCACCAUCCCCAUCACCACCCCCUCCAUAUACUAACAAGUCUCCUCCAUCACAAUCCCCAUCACCACCCCCUCCUUAUACUAACAAGUCUCCUCCAUCACAAUCCCCAUCACCACCCCCUCCUUAUACUUACAAGUCUCCUCCACUACCAUCUCCAUCACCACCCCCUCCUUAUAUCUACAAGUCUCCUCCACUACCAUCUCCAUCACCACCUCCUCCUUAUAUCUACAAGUCUCCUCCAUCACAAUCUCCAUCACCACCCUCUCCUUAUACUUACAAGACUCCCCCAUUACCAUCUCCAUCACCAUCCCCUCCUUAUAUCUACAAGUCUCCUCCAUCACAAUCCCCAUUGCCACCCUCUCCUUAUACUUACAAGUCUCCUCCACCAUCAUUCCCAUCACCACCCCCUCCUUAUAUCUACAAGUCUCCUCCAUCACCAUCCUCAACACCACCCCCUCCUUAUAAUAACAAGUCUCCUCCACCACCAUCCCCAUCACCACCCCCUCCUUAUACUAACAAGUCUCCUCCACCACCAUCUCCAUCACCACCCUCUCCUUAUAUCUACAAGUCUUUUCCACCACCAUCCCCAUCACCAUCGUCUCCUCCACUACCAUCUCCAUCACCACCACCUCCUUAUAUCUACAAGUCUUUUCCACCACCAUCUCCAUCACCGCCCCCUCCUUAUAUCUACAAGUCUCCUCCAUCACCAUCCUCAUCACCACCCUCUCCUUAUACUUAUAAGUCUCCUCCACUAGCAUCUCCAUCACCACCCCCUCCUUACAAGUCUCCUCCAUCACAAUCCCCAUCACCACCCUCUCCUUAUACUUACAAGUCUCCUCCACUACCAUCUCCAUCACCACCCCCUCCUUAUAUCUACAAGUCUCCUCCAUCACAAUCCCCAUCACCGCCCUCUCCUUAUACUUACAAGUCUCCUCCACUACCAUCUCCAUCACCACCCCCUCCUUAUAUCUACAAGUCUCCUCCAUCACAAUCCCCAUCACCACCCUCUCCUUAUACUUACAAGUCUCCUCCACCACCACCCCCUCCAUAUAUCUACAAGUCUCCUCCAUCACCAUCCCCAUCACCACCCUCUCCUUAUACUUAUAAGUCUCCCCCACUACCAUCUCCAUCACCACCCCCUCCUUAUAUCUACAAGUCUCCUCCAUCACCAUCCCCAUCACCACCCCUUCCUUAUAUCUACAAGUCUCCUCCACCACCAUCCCCAUCACCACCCUCUCCUUAUACUUACAAGUCUCCUCCACCACCAUCCCCAUCACCACCCUCUCCUCCACUACCAUCUCCAUCACCACCCCCUCCUUAUAUCUACAAGUCUCCUCCAUCACCAUCCCCAUCACCACCCUCUCCUUAUACUUAUAAGUCUCCUCCACUACCAUCUCCAUCACCACCCCCUCCUUACAAGUCUCCUCCAACACAAUCCCUAUCACCACCCUCUUCUUAUACUUACAAGUCUCCUCCACCACCAUCCCCAUCACCACCCUCUCCUUAUAUCUACAAGUCUCCUCCAUCACCAUCCCCAUCACCACCCUCUCCUUAUAUUUAUAAGUCUCCCCCACUACCAUCCCCAUCACCACCCCCUCCUUAUAUCUACAAGUCUCCUCCAUCACCAUCCCCAUCACCACCCCCUCCUUAUAUCUACAAGUCUCCUCCACCACCAUCCCCAUCACCACCCUCUCCUCCACUACCAUCUCCAUCACCACCCCCUCCUUAUAUCUACAAGUCUCCUCCAUCACCAUCCCCAUCACCACCCUCUCCUUAUACUUAUAAGUCUCCUCCACUACCAUCUUCAUCACCACCCCCUCCUUACAAGUCUCCUCCAACACAAUCCCCAUCACCACCCUCUUCUUAUACUUACAAGUCUCCUCCACCACCAUCCCCAUCACCACCCUCUCCUUAUAUCUACAAGUCUCCUCCAUCACCAUCCCCAUCACCACCCUCUCCUUAUAUUUAUAAGUCUCCCCCACUACCAUCCUCAUCACCACCCCCUCCUUAUAUCUACAAGUCUCCUCCAUCACCAUCCCCAUCACCACCCCCUCCAUAUAUCUACAAGUCUCCUCCACCACCAUCCCCAUCACCACCCUCUCCUCCACUACCAUCUCCAUCACCACCCCCUCCUUAUAUCUACAAGUCUCCUCCAUCACCACCCUCUCCUUAUACUUAUAAGUCUCCUCCACUACCAUCUUCAUCACCACCCCCUCCUUACAAGUCUCCUCCAUCACAAUCCCCAUCACCACCCUCUCCUUAUACUUACAAGUCUCCUCCACUACCAUCUCCAUCACCACCCCCUCCUUAUAUCUACAAGUCUCCUCCACUACCAUCUCCAUCACCACCCCCUCCUUAUAUCUACAAGUCUCCUCCAUCACAAUCCCUAUCACCACCCUCUCCUUAUACUUACAAGUCUCCUCCAUUACCAUCUCCAUCACCACCCCCUCCUUAUAUCUACAAGUCUCCUCCAUCACAAUCCCCAUCACCACCCUCUCCUUAUACUUACAAGUCUCCUCCACCACCAUCCCCAUCACCACCCCCUCCUUAUAUCUACAAGUCUCCUCCAUCACCAUCCCCAUCACCACCCCCUCCUUAUAUCUACAAGUCUCCUCCAUCACCAUCCCCAUCACCACCCUCUCCUUAUACUUACAAGUCUCCUCCACCACCAUCCCCAUCAUCACCCCCUCCUUAUAUCUACAAGUCUCCUCCAUCACCACCCUCUCCUUAUACUUAUAAGUCUCCUCCACUACCAUCUCCAUCACCACCCCCUCCUUAUAUCUACAAGUCUCCUCCAUCACCAUCCCCAUCAACACCCUCUCCUUAUACUUACAAGUCUCCUCCACCACCAUCCCCAUCACCACCCCCUCCUUAUAUCUACAAGUCUUUUCCAUCACCACCCCCUCCUUAUAUCUACAAGUCUCCUCCAUCACCAUCCCUAUCACCACCCUCUCCUUAUACUUAUAAGUCUCCUCCACUACCAUCUCCAUCACCACCCUCUCCUUAUAUUUACAAGUCUCCUCCAUCACCAUCCCCAUCACCACCCCCUCCUUAUAUCUACAAGUCUCCUCCAUCACCAUCCUCUUCACCACCCCCUCCUUAUACUAACAAGUCUCCUCCACCACCAUCCCCAUCACCACCCCCUCCUUAUAUCUACAAGUCUUUCCCACCACCAUCCCCAUCACCACCCCCUCCUUAUAUCUACAAGUAUCCUCCAUCAUCAUCCUCAUCACCACCCUUUCCUUAUACUAACAAGUCUCCUCCAUCACCAUUCCCAUCACCACCCCCUCCUUAUACUUACAAGUCUCCUCCACUAGCAUCUCCAUCACCACCCCCUCCUUAUAUCUACAAGUCUCCUUCAUCACCAUCCCAAUCACCACCCCCUCCUUAUACUUACAAGUCUCCUCCAUCACCAUCCUCAUCACCACCCUUUCCUUAUGUCUACAAGUCUCCUCCAUCACCAUCCCCAUCACCACCCCCUCCUUAUACUUACAAGUCUCCUCCACUACCAUCCCCAUCACCACCCCCUCCUUAUAUCUACAAGUCUCCUCCAUCACCAUUUUCAUCACCACCCCCUCCUUAUGUCUACAAGUCUCCUCCACUACCAUCUCCAUCACCACCCCCUCCUUAUAUCUACAAGUCUCCUUCAUCACCAUCGCAAUCACCACCCCCUCCUUAUACUUACAAGUCUCCUUCACCACCAUCCCCAUUACCACCCUCUCCUUAUGUCUUCAAGUCUCCUCCAUCACCAUCCUCAUCACCACCCUCUCCUUAUACUUAUAAGUCUCCUCCACUGCCAUCUCUAUCACCACCCCCUCCUUAUAUCUACAAGUCUCCUUCAUCACCAUCCCAAUCACCACCCCCUCCUUAUACUUACAAGUCUCCUUCACCACCAUCCCCAACACCACCUUCUCCAUAUGUCUACAAGUCUCCCCCGCCAUCAUCUCCAUCACCACCCCCUCCUUAUAUCUACAAGUCUCCUCCAUCACCAUUCUCAUCACCACCCCCUCCUUAUACUUACAAGUCUCUUCCACUACCAUCUCCAUCACCACCCCCUCCUUCUAUCUACAAAUCUCCUCCAUCACCAUUCCCGUCACCACCCCCUCCUUAUACUUACAAGUCUCCUCUACCACCAUCUCCAUCACCACCCCCUCCUUAUACUUACAAGUCUCCUCCAUCACCGUCCUCAUCACCACCCCGUCCUUAUACGUACAAGUCUCCUACACCAUCAUCCCCAUCACCACCCCCUCCUUAUAUCUACAAGUCUCCUCCAUCAUCAUUCUCAUCACCACCCCCUCCUUAUACUUACAAGUCUCCUCUACCACCGUCUCCAUCACCACCCCCUCCUUAUACUUACAAAUCUCCUCCAUCACCAUCCUCAUCACCACCCCCUCCUUAUACUUACAAGUCCCCACCAUCACCAUCCCCAUCCCCACCCGCUCCUUAUAUCUACAAGUCCCCACCAUCACCACCCCCUCCUUAUAUCUACAAGUCUCCAUCACCACCCCCUCCAUAUAUCUACAAGUCUCCACCAUCACCAUCCCCAUCACCACCCGCUCCUUAUAUCUACAAGUCUCCAUCAACACCUCCUCCAUAUAUCUACAAGUCCCCACCAUCACCAUCCCCAUCACCACCCGCUCCUUAUAUCUACAAGUCUCCACCAUCACCAUCCUCGUCACCACCCGCUCCUUAUAUCUACAAGUCCCCAUCACCACCAUCCCCAUCACCACCCCCUCCAUAUAUCUACAAGUCCCCACCACUACCGUCCUCAUCACCACCCCCUCCAUAUAUCUACAAGUCUUCACCAUCACCAUUCUCAUCACCACCCGCUCCUUAUAUCUACAAGUCUCCAUCAACACCUCCUCCAUAUAUCUACAAGUCCCCACCAUCACCAUCCCCAUCACCACCCGCUCCAUAUAUCUACAAGUCCCCACCAUCACCAUUCUUAUCAACACCCGCUCCUUAUAUCUACAAGUCCCCAUCACCACCCCCUCCUUAUAUCUACAAGUCCCCACCUUCACCAUUCUCAUCACCACCCGCUCCUUAUAUCUACAAGUCCCCACCAUCACCAUUCUCAUCACCACCCGCUCCUUAUAUCUACAAGUCCCCACCAUCACCAUUCUCAUCACCACCCGCUCCUUAUAUCUACAAGUCCCCACCAUCACCAUCCCCAUCACCACCCGCUCCUUAUAUCUACAAGUCCCCACCAUCACCAUUCCCAUCACCACCCGCCCCUUAUAUCUACAAGUCUCCACCAUCACCACCCGCUCCUUAUAUCUACAAGUCCCCACCAUCACCCCCUCCAUAUAUCUACAAGUUCCCACCAUCACCAUCCUCAUCACCACCCGCUCCUUAUAUCUACAAGUCCCCACCAUCACCAUUUUUAUCACCACCCGCUCCUUAUAUCUACAAGUCCGCAUCACCACCCCCUCCAUAUAUCUACAAGUCUCCAUCAUCACCAUCCCCAUCACCACCCGCUCCUUAUAUCUACAAGUCCCCAACACCACCAUCCUCAUCACCACCCCCUCCAUAUAUCUACAAGUCCCCACCAUCACCAUCCCCAUUACCACGCACUCCUUAUAUCUACAAGUCCCCACCACCAACAUCCCCAUCAACACCCCCUCCAUAUAUUUACAAGUCUCCACCUCCAACUCCUCCUGCAACAAUCUACUAA